AUUAAAUAAUAGAAAAAAAUGUUUUAUUUAAUUAUCUUUUACAGAAUAACAAAUUACGAAAUGACAACAUCUAUGUCUCUUUGGCCUUCUCCCGAAGAAUUUCAGUACAAUUAUCAAUAUUAUGGAUUUAACUAUUCUUCAUUCCGGAAUACGUAUGCUAAAUUGAAUGUAUAUUAUGCCACUUUAGAAGAAACUAUUUAUGCCCAAAGACCAGUUUACCAGAAUAGCGAAUGGUACAGUCAUUUGGGAGGACAGCUUGGCCUGUGGUUAGGAAUCUCACUUCCAGCAAUUUUCGAUUGUAUUGAAACUAUAGUGUUAUUAAUUCAUCAUGCCAUUAUAACACAUACUCGAAAAUCUAGUAGUAAAGAAUAA